CCGUCGUAGGACGUCCUCGUGACACUAGAAAUCGCGAACCUGAGCGUUUUUACUAUUUCUCUACAAGUAGUACUCCAACGUGGAACCGCAAGGUGAUAUUACACAAGCGAGCGAAAACGCACCGAAAAUUAAAAAACCCUCCCUGGCUGUUACAGAUGUAGUCCCACGGGGUGUAUCCGUAGUUUAUACAGUUUCGGAUUACGUUAAAUUUUAUGUUUUAAUUAUAUGGUUUCCCCCCACAUCUACCGUGCACAGUAAUACUACAGUGAACGCCGUUGCAACAUCGAGAUUUAAUGACCAGCGGAGCAGCAGUGAGCAUCGACCGUGAAAGUUGCAUCAAGUUUUAGUGUUUGCACUCGCUGUGGCCUUUUUUAGGAUUGUGUGCGCUGUUGCCAUUCGCCGUUCACUGGGUUGGUGAGAUUGUGUGUUUGCAUAAUAAUUUCAAGUCAAGUCAGUUCGCUGGGAAAUCCCUUCCUUCCACUGCUUCCGCCAAGAAAGUUGUGUGCAGCAGUGUGCCAAAUAGAGAAAGUGUUCCUUCCUUACGCCGUUGCUGGUAACCGUGUUUCAUCAUCCAUCGAUAAGUUCGUGGAAAAGGGAGCAUAGCAGUUGGUACGAGAUUGUCGAGCGUCCUACAUCGGGAUCUCACACGCACCGGUGUUUUAAAGGGAAAAUCUCGCACGAUCUCGAAGCAAGUUCGUUGGUCUUACCGAGCACCGGUUUAAUACCUCAUCUCAUCUACACUGGGCUCCACAGUGCACGGCCGCUCCCCACACGCCUCAUUCCAAUGGGUUGAUACGUCUACGAUCGCACGUGAGUUCGGGCCGUCAGUAGAACGAGCAGUAGCAUUCGUACGAGCCGAAGAUCCUCUGUUGCUUCCGGGAGCGGAUAGGAACCUACCGUCACCAGAGUUUAUCCAGCGGUUCCGGUAGCAGAUUGCGUUCAGUUGUUGUCCAUUUGCCCGAUAGAUCAGGGUGCGAUUUCCGGGUAUCAAAGCCUGGUUCUAGUUCGGUAGUGGAAAGGAAACUGAAGACCACGGUUUAACCGGUGGUUAGUAGUUUCGCAUUUUGCAUCCCGCCCACCCGAUCACCGAAAUCCACCGCAACCGAUUUCCAAUGAGAGUAGUCCAGCGCCCGUGGCAUCUACCAGCGGCGUCCCUACCGGCAACCGUAUCCCUGAGGGAACUGUUCUGCUACAGCUUCUACGCCGUGUCAACCAUUCUGCUGCACCUGUACGCCAUCCUACCGCUGAUCAUCGCGGACCUCAACUAUAGCCCACUGAGCUGCUGCCGGCAGCCGUAGAUCGUUUGCAGGGAACGGUACACCGGGUUCCCGUACACUAGAGGCACAAAGGGCUCAAUCGAUCUCCACCGACGUGUGCGAUCCAUUCCAUUAGUGAACGUAAGGUUUCCGCUCGGAAACGGCUGUCAUCAUGUUGAAGGUAGUAGGAGCGUCUUGGCAUAAAACCCGUAUAGGGACCUACAUCCUUGCCGGUGCACUGUUGCUAGCUAUCGCCGCCCUCUUCCUGGCGGAUAUGGAGCGACCUAACUACAACGGUACGUACUGUGCCACGACCUACUGGGCCCGCAACUCCGGCUAUCGGAUGGAGUUCUGGGGCCAGCGGAACGAUCUCGAUCACGUACCGAAAGGUGUCGUACGUGCCUGCUUCCGGGACAGCGUCCUCACGAAUGGAUGGUCUCAGCUGGAAUUAGAAUCUCAGGCUUCUUAUACCGAUUCGGUCCAAGCGUAUUCGGCCGGUAUGAUGGAGGGUGCCCUGACCUGGCACAAUAUUUACAUGCACUGGUUAAAUACGAUUGAUUCGGUUUGUUCGCGUGAUCCCGAGUCGGAAGAGUUUUGCGAAUGGUUACGCGGCUUGAUUACGACCAACGUAGACACGGUCAAGAAGAUGGCGGACAUGAAGGGUAAACACGACCACUACUGGUACCAGAUUGCCCUGUUCUACGACCAACUCGAUGGGCUCGAGAUUGGCUUCCGGAAGGGUGUGAAACGGUCGCGGCUAGACUAUGAAAUUCCCAAGCAGGAUUUCCUGCUGAUGAACGCAGCAGUGGACAUUCGCGAUCUGAAGGUGUACUAUACCAACUUUCUCAUGGAGGACAGCGGGCUCGAGCCGGAACCGGCGAAGGGAAUGAUGCUACUGAAACUGCUCCGUCAGCCCAACGGUUUGUCGAAGGUACUGCUCGGUCACACGUCUGACGGAAGCUACUCGUCGAUGCUGCGCAUGGUGAAGAAGUACACGCUGCGGUAUCACUUUUCGUCGGAGGUCUCGCGGGUUCCCAGUUUGCCAAAGGUCGAUGGAAAGGAGGAGGAGGAAGAUACGCGCGUCGUUCCGGGAACACACAUUGUGUUCACCGGUUAUCCGGGUGUGUUGGCUUCGUUGGAUGAUUUCUACGUCAUCACAGGCCGGCUCCAGCAUCGGCUCGUGGCCGCCGGGGUGAAGAUGGAAAACGAUCACGUGAGCCUUUGGCGCAAAAUCGACUUGGUGCGAUCGGUUUCGUUGGCCCCGCGGGUAAUGGCUGCGAACCGGUUGGGAUACAGUGGUCGCUCGUGGUCUCGCUAUUUUGCUCGCAAUCCUUCGACCGGAGUCAAGCAGUGGUUACUGAUCGACAUGACACGUUUCGGGGUGAUGAACGCCAGCGACUCGGAGCACACGACACCGCCAGUUUCACUCGAGCAGGGAGAGGAUCAGUCGGUAGAGGAGAACGAAAUCCCGACCACGUUGGAGCAGGAACUAGCGGACGCAGAACACCCGCGUGUAGUAACGAAGCGAAUGGACGAUUACGUGGACGAUGAUUUCAAGGACCCACAGUCUCAACCGAUGCGAAUGGUUACGAUUCCUACUGAUGUCCGGACUAGCACACUGUCCGCCAACGGGGAAACUGUUUUCCGGCCCGGAAUGUUUUGGGUGAUCGAUCAGCUACCUGGGCGUCUACAUGCGGAAGAUGUUUCGGAGAAGAUCACCACGGAUGGCUACUGGCUCACGAAUGGGGUGCCCUACUUCAAGGAGGUGCUCGAUAUUGGACAGGUGAAGACGAACGCUACUAACAACACGCAAUCGAUUGCAAAGAUCCUCAACAACAUCACCGAUCUGGACAUGCUGGCCAAGUUCAUUCGACAGUCGGCGUACAGGGGCGAUCUCGACAAGGACCGACCGGCCGCAUUCGGAAACAUCGAUCUGAAGCUUUACGGCGAGGCGAGCGAUGGCGGUCGGCAGUUCCGUGCGUAUUCGGGACCACUGUACGAUCAGACCGGAGGACGCAUUACGGGCAGCACGACAGGGCAGGCCGCCAAGCGAAGUGCCCUCGAGCGCCUCGAGCAGGAACCACCGACGACUGUCGAGGGCGACCAGAAUAAACCGAAAACAACCGGCAGUGUGUCCGUAGCAUCACAACCGUUCGACUGGAGUCGGAUUCUACCGUUCGAGGCACGCCAUCAUGGCCAUCCGGAUGUGUGGGAUUUUGAGCACAUUACUCCGGAAUGGGCCUGGAUUUGAAGUUUCCGGGGACUGAAAAGAAAAUUUAGCCAAUUUGCCUUAUCUGUGAUGCCUGCAAUAAGCAAUUAGUAGAAGCUCAGUGACGCAGUAACUUCUCUCCUCACGCCAUCCAAACUAUUGUCUUCCGAUUUACCCUACCGUUAAUAGUGAAUUUUAUGUGCCUUUGACUACGAUACAAGAAUCUUCCGCAAUAAGAAGUUUUGCAAUAUUAGAUAAAAUAAUAAUUUAACGCCGUGUCUAUUGACCGGUCUGACCGAUUGGAAAACCAUUUUUAAACCAAAUUGUUCACAUAACUUAUGACACAACAAUGCAAAAUCACGGA